AUGUCUGGAAAAGGAAAAGGAGGCCGUGGAGAAAAGAAGUCCACCACUUCGUCUGCCAAGGCAGGACUUCAGUUCCCCGUUGGUCGUAUCGGACGUUACCUUCGUCAAGGAAAGUACGCCACUCGUAUGGGAGCCGGAGCCCCCGUCUACCUUGCUGCCGUCUUGGAGUACCUUUGCGCCGAGAUUCUAGAACUUGCUGGAAACGCUGCACGUGACAACAAGAAGUCUCGUAUCGUGCCCCGUCACAUCACCCUUGCCGUCAAGAACGAUGAGGAAUUGAACAAGCUUCUUGGAGGAGUCACGAUUGCUUCUGGAGGUGUUCUUCCAAACAUUCACGCUGUUCUUCUUCCAAAGAAGAGCACCAAGUAA